AUGGGAAGGAGCAAGCUUUUCCUCAGCAUGCUGCCGCCUUUAAUCCCUCUCUUCCUGGGGCUGGUUGUGCAAAACACCUUGCCCUCUGCUGAAGCCGCAGGACUGGCAAAAAGGUGUGACAAGAAGUCUUUUCUAACGAUCAGGACGGAGUGCCAAGCCUGCUCGGUUAACAUUGCAGCCAAGUGUCCAGACGGUUACACCAAGAUUACCAAUGACUCUUUUGGAGUUCGAGACUGCAGGUACUCCAUUGAGAUCAGAACAUACUCCCUGUCUGUCCCUGGAUGCCGCCAUAUAUGUAGGAAGGACUACCUACAACCUCUAUGUUGUCCAGGCCACUGGGGCCCAGACUGCAUGGAAUGCCCAGGAGGAGCAGAGUCACCGUGCAGUGGCAGAGGCAUUUGUGAUGACGGCAUGGGAGGAACUGGAAGCUGCUCCUGCCGAGCGGGCUUUAGUGGAACAGCCUGUGAAACCUGUGCUGCUGACAAUGUUUUCGGGCCCAAUUGUUCAGCAGUGUGCAACUGUACCCACGGUGUGUGCAACAGCGGACUCAAUGGUGACGGGACCUGCGAGUGCUUCUCUGCAUACAGAGGCCCCAGGUGUGACAAGCCCAUCCCUGAGUGUGCCGCCUUGCUCUGCCCAGAAAACUCCAGAUGCUCACCUUCCAGCAAAGAUGAAACCCAACUCAAAUGCAAAUGCCUUCCCGGUUACGAAGGCGAUGGCCAACACUGCAAACCCAUCAACCCGUGUUUAAAAAACAUCUGUCACCCUCACGCGAGUUGUUCCUACCUGGGACCAAAUCGGCACAGUUGCUCAUGCCAAAAAGGCUACGUCGGGGAUGGUCAAGUGUGUCUUCCAGUAGACCCUUGCCAAACAAACUUUGGAAACUGCCCUACAAAGUCUACAGUGUGCAGAUACGAUGGGCCUGGACAGUCUCACUGCGAGUGUAAAGAACAUUACCGUGAUUUUGUACCAGGAGUGGGGUGCAGUAUGACCAACGUCUGUGAAUCAAACAACCCAUGUCAUAAGAAUGCCAACUGCAGCACCAUCGCACCAGGCCAGACCCAAUGCACUUGCCAGAAAGGAUACAUGGGCGACGGCCUGACCUGCUAUGGAAGCAUCAUGGAGAGACUCAGAGAGUUAAACACUGAACCCAGAGGAGUGUGGCAGGGAAGGCUGACCUCUUUCAUCUCAAUCCUGGACAGAACCUAUGCCUGGCCAUUGAGCAACCUGGGACCCUUCACUGUGCUGCUGCCCUCAGACACGGCAUUGAAAGGAUUCGACGUAAAGGAGCUUUUGAAGGACAGCGAGGCUGCUCGGUAUUUUGUGAAGCUCCACAUCAUUGCUGGGCAGAUGAGCACGGAGCAGAUGAACGACACAGACAUCUUCUAUACGUUGACUGGAAAGUCAGGGGAAAUCUUCAACAGGGAUGAGGACAAUCAACUAAAGCUCCAACUUCGUGGAGGCAAAAAGGUGAAAAUAAUCCAGGGGAACAUCGUUGCUUCAAAUGGGCUUAUACACAUCCUUGACAGAGCCAUGGACAAGACAGAGGCCACACUUGAGAGCAACCCCAAGCAAACCAUAAUGAAAAUGCUACAACCAAGAUUCAGCAAGUUCCGAUCUCUGUUAGAGGCAACCAAUGUCGAACAGGCCCUAAAUGAGGGUGGUGUUGGUGGUCCAUACACCGUUUUCGUUCCAAGUAACGAAGCAUUGGAUAACAUGAAGGCGGGCACCAUGGAUUACCUCCUUUCUCCAGAGGGCUCUCGGAAACUUCUGGAACUCGUCAGAUACCACAUUGUCUCAUUUACCCAGCUGGAGGUGACCACUCUCAUUUCGAUGGCUCGCAUCAGGAGCAUGGCCAAUCAGAUCAUACAGUUCAGCGUAACCCGCAAUGGACAGAUUCUGGCAAAUGACGCGGCCGUGGAAGAAACUGAGGUCAUUGCCCAAAAUGGCCGAAUUUACACACUGAACGGAGUCCUCAUUCCUCCCUCCAUCGUCCCAAUUCUUCCCCAUCGAUGUGAUGAGACCAAGAGAGAAAUGAUAUUGGGCACUUGUGUGGGCUGUUCCCUGAUACGUUGGAGCAAGUGUCCGGCUGACUCUGAGCGCACAGCCCUCUUCACAAGCAAAUGUUUCUACAGAAGCAGAACACAGAACCUGAAAAGUGGCUGUGCCCAAUACUGUAAUGCUACCGUGAAGAUACCAAAAUGCUGUAGUGGCUUCUUCGGGCCUGACUGCAACCCGUGUCCAGGAGGCUUCUUGAAACCGUGUUCUGGAAAUGGGCAUUGCAUAGAUGGCCUCGGCGGCAACGGGACCUGCCUUUGUGAGGAUGGCUUCCAAGGUUCCAAGUGUCAGUUCUGCUCCGACCCCAACCGAUACGGACCUCAGUGUAACAGAACCUGUCUGUGUGUGCAUGGCGCAUGUGAUAACCGCGUGGACAGUGACGGCGCCUGCCUCCCAGGAACGUGUGGAGAGGGCACAACCGGGAGGCUCUGUGACAGGCAGCCUGCAGCCUGUGGGCCCUAUGUGCAGCUCUGUCACGUCCACGCCACCUGUGACUACAGCAGCGGGACAGCCAGCUGUGUCUGCAACGAGGGCUAUGAAGGGGACGGAAUUCUCUGUUCUAAGAAGGACCCUUGCACGGGAUCAACCUCCAGAGGAGGCUGUAGUCAAAAUGCAGAGUGCAUCCAAACUGGCACAGGGCCACACGUCUGUGUGUGCCAGCAGGGAUGGACAGGGGACGGAAGGGACUGUGUGGAGAUCAACAACUGCCUGCUGCCCAGCGCAGGCGGCUGCCAUGACAAUGCCACCUGUUUAUAUGUAGGCCCUGGGCAGAAUGAAUGUGAGUGCAAGGAAGGAUUUCGGGGAAACGGGAUUGACUGUGAACCAGUCAUUUCAUGCUUGGAACAAGCAGAGAAGUGUCACCCUCUGGCUACCUGUCAGUCUGCUGCUUCUGGUGUUUGGAGCUGCGUUUGUCAAGAGGGCUAUGAAGGAGAUGGCCUCUCGUGCUAUGGAAAUGUGCUCAUGGGAUUGUCCCUUCUCUCUGAAGCGGCUGGAUUUUACCAGUGGAUAAAUAAUGCUUCCCUGCAAUCCAUGUUAUCUGCCACCUCGAACCUCACUGUCCUCGUGCCUUCCCAGCAAGCCAUUGAGGACAUGGACAAGAAUGAGAAAACCUUCUGGUUGUCACGGAACAAUAUUCCAGCCCUGAUAAAAUAUCACACACUACUAGGCACAUAUGGAGUGGCCGAUCUGCAGAUCCUGUCAUCCUCUGCCAUGCUAGCAACAUCCUUGCAAGGAAGCUUCCUUCAACUGGACAAGGCAGACGGGAAUAUCACAAUUGAGGGGGCAUCCAUUGUGGAUGGCGACAACGCAGCCACAAACGGAGUGAUACAUGUCAUCAACAAGGUGCUGAUCCCCCAAAGAAGUCUAACUGGCUCUUUACCAAACCUGCUCACCCGUCUGGACCAGAUGCCUGACUAUUCCAUCUUCCGAGGCUAUAUCAUUCAAUACAAUCUGGCAGAUGCAAUCGAGGCUGCAGAUGCUUACACUGUGUUUGCUCCAAACAAUGAAGCCAUCGAGAAUUUUAUCAGAGAAAAGAAAUCCAUGUCUCUAAAGGAAGACAUACUUCGGUACCACGUGGUCCUGGACGAGAAGCUCCUGAAGAAUGACUUGCACAAUGGCAUGCACCGAGAGACCAUGCUGGGGUUCUCCUACCUCCUCGGCUUCUUUCUCCGCAAUGACCAGCUGUAUGUAAAUGAAGUUCCAAUAAACUACACCAAUGUGGCCACUGACAAAGGAGUGAUCCAUGGUCUGGGGAAAGUUCUGGAAAUUCAGAAGAAUAGAUGUGACAGUAAUGACACCAUUAUUGUGAAAGGAAGUUGUGGGACGUGUUUCCAGCAACCAAUCUGCCCACUUGGAACAAAACCAUCCGGCGAGACAAGGAAAUGCAUCUAUACCAUUUACUUCAUGGGGAAGCGCUCCGUAUUCAUUGGGUGCCAGCCAAAGUGUAUGAGAACCAUCAUCACGAGAGGAUGCUGUGCUGGCUUCUUUGGCCCACAAUGCCAAGCCUGCCCCGGGGAAGGUCAGAACGUGUGCUCUGGGAAUGGCUUCUGUCUGGAUGGCGUGAAUGGCACUGGCGUGUGCCAAUGUGGGCAGGGCUUCAAUGGGACAGCCUGCGAGACCUGCGCAGAGGGCAAGUAUGGUGUCCACUGUGACCAAGCGUGCUCUUGUGUCCAUGGGAGAUGUAACCAAGGACCCUCAGGAGAUGGCUCCUGCGACUGUGAUGUCGGCUGGCGAGGCGUGAACUGUGACAGCGAGAUCACGAAAGACAACUGCAAUGGGACCUGCCACACCAGUGCCAACUGCCUUCUCGAUCCAGAUGGCAAGGCCUCGUGCAAAUGUGCGGCGGGAUUCCAAGGGAAUGGAACAGUCUGCACAGCCAUCAAUGCCUGUGAGAUCAGCAAUGGAGGAUGCUCUGCCAAGGCUGACUGUAAAAGAACCACCCCAGGAAGUCGGGUGUGUGUGUGCAAGGCGGGCUAUACAGGAGACGGCAUCAUAUGCCUCGAGAUAAACCCGUGUUUGGAGAACAAUGGCGGCUGUGACAAGAACGCGGAGUGCACACAGACAGGGCCCAGUCAGGCCGUCUGUAACUGCUUGCCAAAGUACACUGGAGAUGGGAAGGCUUGCACACUCAUCGAUGUCUGUUUAACCAAUAAUGGCGGCUGCAGCCCAUUUGCCACCUGCAAUCACACCGGACAAGGUGAAAGGAUAUGCACCUGCAAGCAGAACUACAGGGGAGAUGGACUCACCUGCCGUGGCAGCAUCUACCGGGAACUUUCUAAGGACCCAACAACUUCGCAGUAUUUCUUCCAGUUGCAGGAGCACGCUGUCCAAGAGCUGGCUGGACCCGGUCCCUUCACCGUGUUUGUGCCGUCUUCUGCUUCCUUCAGUCAGGAGCCCAGGAUCAAAGACUGGGACCAGCAGGGCCUCAUGUCCCAAGUUCUUCGGUACCACAUGGUCGCCUGCCAGCAGCUGCUGCUGGAGAACCUCAAAGUGACCACAAGUGCUGUGACCCUCCAGGGCGAGCCGAUCUCCAUCUCUGUCUCUCAGGAUACCGUGUACAUAAACAAUAAGGCAAAGGUCCUGGCUGGUGACAUCAUCAGCACCAAUGGAGUCAUCCACAUCAUCGACAAAUGGCUGUCUCCCCAGCACUUGCUUGUCACCCCCAAAGAUGCUUCAGGCAAGGUUCUGCAGAAUCUUACUACAGUGGCAAUGAACCAAGGAUAUACCAGAUUCAGCAAGUUAAUACAGGACUCAGGCUUGCUGAGUGUCAUCACUGACCCCAUCCACACCCCAGUCACUCUCUUCUGGCCCACGGACAAAGCCCUCCAAGCCAUACCCCAGGAGCAACAGGACUUCCUGUUCAAUGAAGACAACAAGGACAAGCUGAAGGAGUAUCUGAAGUUCCACGUGAUCCGAGACUCCAGGGCUUCGGCGUCAGACCUGCCCAGGUCUGAUUCCUGGAAGACACUGCAAGGUUCAGAGCUGAGUGUGAAGUGUGGGACUGGCAGUGACAUCGGCGAGCUCUUUCUCAAUGGACAAAUGUGCAGGAUCAUACAGCGGGAGCUCCUGUUUGACCUGGGCGUGGCCUACGGCAUCGACUGCCUGCUAACGGAUCCCACCCUGGGUGGCCGAUGUGACACCUUCACCGCCUUCAAUGUCACGGGGGACUGCGGGAGCUGUGUCACUACGCCCGGAUGCCCGCCGUGGAGCAAACCAAAGGGUGUGACACAGAACUGUCUCUACAACCCACUGCCCUUCAGGAGGAGCCUGGAAGGCUGCCAGCAGCUGUGCUCCCUGGUGAUCCCGCUCCCCAGGUGCUGCAAAGGUUACUUCCUGCCACACUGUCAGGCCUGCCCUGGAGGACCAGAUACGCCAUGUAAUAACCGGGGUGUCUGCCGUGAUAUGUACUCGACCACAGGACAGUGCAAGUGCAACACCGGAUUCAACGGGACCGCUUGCGAGCUGUGCUGGCCAGGGAGAUUUGGGCCUGACUGUCAGCCCUGUGGCUGCUCAGAGCAUGGGCGGUGUGACGAGGGAAUCACGGGCUCUGGGCAGUGCUUCUGUGCAGCAGGGUGGACAGGCCGCUUCUGCGACACUCUCACAGUUGUGGUUCCGGUGUGCAUCCCUCCUUGUUCUGUGCAUGCCACGUGUACAGAGAACAACACGUGUGUGUGUAACUUGAAUUACGAAGGUGAUGGAAUCAAGUGCACUGUUGUGGAUUUCUGCAGACAGAACAAUGGGGGCUGUGCAAAGGUCGCCAAGUGCUCCCAGAAGGGCACGCAAGUCUCCUGCAGCUGCCAGAAGGGCUACCAGGGGGACGGCCAGAGCUGCACAGAGAUAGACCCCUGUGCGGAUGGUGUCAACGGUGGGUGUCAUGAGCAUGCCACCUGCAGGAUGACUGGCCCAGGCAAGCACAAGUGUGAAUGUAAGAGUCAUUAUGUGGGGGACGGACUGGACUGUGAGCCCAAACGGCUACCCCUGGACCGCUGCUUACAGGACAAUGGACAGUGCCACCCAGAUGCCAACUGUGUGGACCUUCACUUCCAGGACACGACUGUUGGGGUUUUCCAUCUGCGCUCCCCUCUGGGCCAGUACAAACUGACCUUUGACAAAGCCAAAGAGGCCUGUGCCAACGAGGCUGCAUCCAUGGCCACCUACAAGCAGCUCUCCUAUGCCCAGAAGGCCAGCUAUCACCUCUGCUCAGCUGGCUGGCUGGAGGGUGGCCGGGUUGCCUACCCCACGACCUAUGCCUCUCAGAAGUGUGGUUCGAACGUUGUUGGGAUAGUGGACUAUGGAAUCAGGCCCAACAAGAGUGAAAUGUGGGAUGUCUUCUGUUACCGGAUGAAAGAUGUGAACUGCACCUGCAAGGCAGGCUAUGUGGGAGAUGGCUUCUCGUGCAGUGGGAACCUGCUUCAAGUCCUCAUGUCCUUAUCCUCGCUCAGGAACUUCCUGACGGAGGUGCUGGCUUAUUCCAGAAGCUCAGCCCGAGGCCAGGCGUUUCUGAAACACUUGACUGACCUGUCCAUCCGUGGUACCCUGUUCGUGCCACAGAACAGUAGGCUGCUGGGAAAUAAGAGCCUGUCCGGGCGGGACAUCGAACACCACCUCACUAAUGUCAGCAUCUCUUUUUACGACGACCUUGUCAAUGGUACCAUUCUGAGGACCCGGCUGGGAAGCCAGCUGCUCAUCACCUCCAGCCAGGACCAGCUCCGCCAGGAGACCAGGUUUGUGGAUGGAAGAGCCAUUGUGCAGUGGGACAUCAUCGCCUCCAACGGGCUCAUUCAUGUCAUUUCUGAGCCUUUGAAAGCACCUCCCAUGCCAGCGACUCGUGCCCACGCUGGCCUGGGGACAGGUAUAGUCUGUGCCAUCGUCCUGGUCCCGGGUGCAAUUGCUCUGGCUGCCUAUUCUUACUUCCGACUAAACCGGAGAGCAGCUGGCUUCCAGCGCUUUGAGUCGGAAGAGGAUAUCGAUGUCUCGGCUUUUGGCAAGCAGCAGCCUGAGAAUAUCUCAAACCCUGUGUAUGAGACAUCAACGUCGGCACCCCCUGAGUCCUCCUGUGACCCCUUCACAGACUCUGAAGAACAGGAGAUGGAGAGCAGCGACCCUCUGGGGGCACUGAGGGCCUGAUGUGAGCAGCCAACAGCCACUGGGACACGAACCCCUGAGCCAUCACAGUCCUCUGUGAAUUCUCCACACCGGUUGUCUCUUGGAUCAUGUAUCGUUUUAAGCUAUGAUACACUCAGAAGCCAUACCUCACCUCUCUGGUUAACAUGGGGUUGUUCCCAUGGGUAAGGCGCCAUGUUAGCAGGACCAUGCAGGGGAACCUCCUCCUCUGAGCCUCUACUGUGGUUCUCUGCACGUUCCAGAUGGCACCUGCUCUGUUCUGUCUUGUCUUGCUGGUAACUGUGACCCUGUGGUAUUUUCCUGUUGACUAUGAGUGCCUAACACAGGGCUUCACUUCAUGUACU